AUGCGGGCCAUGUCGUCCUCGUUUGCGAGAUUCAGCGCAUCGCUGCGUCACGCCGCUGCCGUGCAGCCCACGCAUUCCUACCACCCGUCUUCGCUUCCGCCUUCCGUGAGCGAGGAAGAGCUCGCCUACUGGCCAUCCCAGUCGUCGCUGGCUUCCGUCGCGUCCUCCGCCGGUGAUGGAGAACAUCAGGGUCUUCCUCUCCCGACAAUCUCUCCUACGUCCUCGCGCGCCGAUUUCUUCGCGCCACAACAAACAGGACACAUACGACGUGCAUCACCCGCGAUCUUCCUUGCACUCUAUCUCGCACUCAACCUCGCUUUGACGUUACACAACAAGCUCGUACUUUCGAGCUUUCCUUAUCCUCUCACGCUUACGGCGCUUCACUGCGCCUCGGCCGCGGCAGGAUGUCUCUUUCUUCGGCGUCGCGGAUUUUACGUGCCGAAGGAUCUGGAUGGUGGCGAGAGGCUGGUGGUGGGACUCUUUGGCGUGCUAUACGCCGCGAAUGUUGCUGUGAGCAAUGCGAGCCUCAAGAGAGUCAGCGUUCCGCUGCACCAGACGGUUCGGGGCAUGACGCCGCUGUUCACGUUGGCGCUCGCUGCGUGUGUGCUUCAGGGCACCAGAGUCACACGUCGAAAGGUCUUUGCAUUGUUACCGCUUGUAGCCGGCGUCGCGCUGGCUUCCGUUGGCGACUAUAGCUGCACUGUCUCCGGACUUUUGCUCACGCUUCUGGGUGCUGCCCUGGCAGCGGGCAAGACGGUCGUGACGAAUGCACUUCAAGCCCCGACCGCCUCUGGGCCCAGGAACUCUUCGCCACCUUUGUCUGGUUCAGAGCGGAAAAGGAAGAUGCACGAGAAGAGGGUCAGUGGGAUAAGGGACUGGGAGAAGGUGUCGCGCAUUCCCUUGCGCAUCUACGGUCUCAACGUCAGCGUGCGCCGACCAUCGAUACGUGGACUGGCCCGGCGCAUGUGCCCGUACGAGCUCCCGCGUCUCGCCCUGCACCCACUCGAUCUGCUCGCGCGCAUGUCGCCGCUCGCAUGCAUACUCUGCCUCGUCAUUGCAUGGAGCUCGGGCGAACUCGCCGCUGAGCGCGAUGCGCUCUCCCCGCCACUGUCGGCGCACGACGCGACGUUGACGCAGAAUUGGACGUUACCCGGCGACUCGAAUGCAGAACUCCCGGCGCAGGGCGUGUCAUUACGCUGGAUGUGGCAUAUAUUGGUACUGUCCGCGACACUGGCCAUGAAUGCGGGCAUCGCUUUCGCUCUGAACGUCACGAGCUUCGAGGCGAACCGCAGGGCUGGUGCCGUAGCUAUGGGCGUUGCUUCGAACGUCAAACAAGCCCUUACCGUACUUGCGGCUCUCGCGCUCUUCGACGCAUCGCUUGCCGGUCCAGGGCUUGCCGGCGUCGCUCUAACACUCGGCGGUGGCGCGCUAUACGCUCGCGUGGAACGCGACGAGCGCGCUAGAACUCAAGACUGA